AUGGAGACCACACCGCAACACUCGCGAUCUUCCUCUUCCGCCUCGCGCCGCUCAAACCUUACUCUCGACCUCUCCAACCUUCCACCUAUGACCCCGCCUACGCCUCCUUCCAACACACUCCUCUUCACCAACCUCACCGACCCAGCCAUCUUCCUCCCCGAGAACCUCAACGUCAUCCGCGACCUCAUCACCCACUCGGCCCCCAUCCACGCAUUCGCCCCGCUAAAGUCUUUCCGCCGCAUCGUCGUCUCCUUCUACGAUGAGCAGGCCGCCAUAGACGUCCGCCAGAUCUGGGACAAUGAGGCCAUCAUGGGCCAGCAGUGCCGCGUCUACUUUGGAAAGUCCACGCCCGUCGACAAGCGCGACGAGCACCUCGCUCUUCCCGACGCUGGCAAGCUCUUCUUCAUCUCGCCCCCGCCUAGCCCUCCCCACGGCUGGGAGAUGCGCCUUGAGGAUGCGCCCAACAAGCUGGUCCACGCCGAGGAUCUGGCUGAUGCGCUUGCUAAGCUGCACCACCGCCCUGGCCCUGUCGACGAGAGCCAAGAUUCACCCGUGACUCCUCCCGACUCUGCGCUGCCAGGCCGCACACGCUCGCGCUCCUCUACUCUCAUCUACAAGCCCGAGGAGAAGAGCACCUUCCCUGCCGUUAUUGUCGAGGACAUGACGGACGAGCCCAUCGAGUACAGCCCCGUGGAGCCUUCCAAGCCCAUCUUGGCACACACUGCUCGACCUCCUGUCGAGUUGAUGCACAGUGCUUAA